AUGGCCAACUUGCAGAUGAAUAUGGGAUACUCUUUGAUUUAUCGUUUCUUAGUAUUUAGCUUUUUUCUGAAAGUUCUUUGUGCCGUUCCAUUAAACCAUGAAGAAAUCAGCGACCAAUCGACUUGUACACUCAGACGAUCAUAUUUUCUUCAGCCUCAACUGAAGAAGAACAUCUUUUCAUUGGCAGAAGAGGCACAGAUGCUUGACAAAGACACAGACAAUAAAAUCUUUGGAAACAACCUCUUCUUCAACAUUAUGGAUGAAGACUACUGCUCUCUGAUGCGAGAAGUAACAAGCUGUGUUAUGGAGAAUGUUUUGCUUACUGAUGUCAGGAAAACAUUUCAUCAUACUGAAGAUGCAAUCAUAUUUUUUGGAAAUAUAAUGAGGGAAUUAGCAGGCUGUAAAGUAGAAGAAAAACAAAUAAAGAGUAAUGUUGAAGAAAUGAAAAACAAAAUUAAAAUGUUGGGACCCGAAGGACAGAUCAAAGUGAUUGGAGAACUGGAUUUGCUUUUCGGUCAUCUAAGAAAAUGUGCUUUUCAAAAACCAAACUUCUUUUUACACUAUAACUUGAAUAAGUAA